GAAUUAUUGUAAUUUCUAAUAAAAUGCGAUACCCCGACUCUCGGAUCUGUAUGGAAGGCCACGCCAACGCCCUGGCCCUCAGCAAGGACAACACUCUGAUCGCAGUGGCCGGGCGCAGCUUGCUCAAGGUCUAUUCGAUUGACGAUUAUGGCUUUAGGGAGGUUUGUAAUAUGCGCGGCGGGAAGAACCAAAAUCUUAGCUACUCCUCAAACGAUGUUGCCUGGAGCACCAUGGACUGCAAUCUCCUGGCCACGGCGGCCACCAAUGGCGUCGUAUCCGUUUGGGACCACUCCAAGUGCGGACGCCAGAAGCAGCUGCUUGUCUACAACGAACACGAGCGCACUGCCCACACAGUGACGUUCCACAGCAGCGAACCCAACAUAUUGAUCUCUGGCUCCCAGGACGGCACCAUCAAGUGCUUUGAUAUACGCUCGGACAAGUCCGUGAACACAUACUUCAGCAAUUCGGAGUCCGUGCGCGAUGUCAAAUUCAGUCCACACGAGCAAAAUAUAUUCUCAGCCGUUUCGGAGAACGGCACCGUCCAGCUCUGGGAUAUGCGGAAGUGGGACAAGUGCAUGGUGCAGUUUACGGCGCAUUAUGGGCCCGUCUACACGUGCGACUGGCAUCCCACACGUAAAUGGCUGGCCACCGGCAGCCGCGACAAGCAGAUCAAGGUGUGGGACAUGGAAGGGCGACCAGGUCUGGAGUACACAAUACACACGAUAGCAGUGGUGGGACGGGUCAAGUGGCGACCAGAGCGAACAUAUCACAUUGCUAGCUGUGCUUUGGUGGUGGACUACAGCAUUCAUGUGUGGGACAUACGACGACCCUAUAUACCAUUCGCCUCCUUUAACGAGCACACAAACGUGACGACGGGCAUUGCUUGGCUGGGCAGCGAUUCCCAUUGCCUGCUUUCCACCAGCAAGGACUCCACCCUUCAUAAGCACGCCUUUGAGGAUGCCACACGGCCGGCUUUGAAGGCCAAUGCCCAGGGAGCCAGCCUGGACCGACACGGCGACAUAUCAUUUGCCAAUAAAAUCAAGGAAUACGCACCCAAGACGAGCGGAGUAUCCAAUACAAAGACCAACUCCAGCUUUAUAAAUCACCGAAAAGCCAUUGUGUCGGGGAGCAUUCAGUUCCACUUGGACCAUUCCAGGAUGUACAAAUUCAUGCUGAAGGAUGCUUUUUCUGGCUUUCCCCUAAGCGAAACCGAUUCCAAGCCUCGCCAGGAGCAUGAAUGCUUUAUUGGAUGCGCCCGGGAGCUGAUUAUGAGCGGGAAAAAAAUUGCCGAGCUCUGCGAGCACAAUUCGGAGGUGUCCAAGAAAUACAGCAAACACAAUGCCACCACUUUAUGGAACUUUCUGAAACUGUUCUACGGCAGCAAUCACUUUGAGCCGCCCUUCGAGCAUCGAUCUUCCUUCUCGAAUCAAAAGAAUCCCAUCAACUCGAGGCGUGCCACUCAAGUGGCCAGCGAUUGGCCCCAGCAACGCAGUGACCUGAGUCAGGAUUUGAACGGCAAUGCCCAAGAGGCGACACAUGAGAUUGCCGCUACGAACGAGGAUGACGAUCCGCUGGGUGGCAGCGGAGUGGAGCAUCCGCCGACCAGUUCUGUGAUACUCUCCGAGACCCAAAUCAUCAGCGAGAUUACCUUCGAUAACUUCGAGCUCCUGCGCAAUGGCUUCAUUUAUGUGGGACCCACGGAGGCGGCCAAGGCACUGGCAUUUCCUGCUCUACAUCACGAUGUGCAGGCAGCGCGACCACAACUAGAGAUCAAGGCAUCUGACCAUGAAAAGUCUCCUCCGCCGCAUGUGCCCACGGUUUUGAAGGUCAGCCAUGUCCCGCCCAUACCGAUGUGGGAGCCGCACAAGUUUGUGGCCGAUGCUCUCAUGCUGCUAAAUGACGUUGGCGAUGUGCAAACUGCUUUGACUGUGAUAAUAGCUCUUGGGGAGGCCCGCAAACUGCUGCCCCUUGAAGAUGCGUUGGUUGAGCACUGGUUUCACACCUAUGUCGAUCAGCUGCAUCGCUACGAGCUGUGGAACGAGGCCUGCGAGGUGAUCAACCGAUCCUGGCUGCAUUCCGUGCAGCAACUGAAUCAGCACUCCACAGCAAUGCAUACGAAUUGCGGCGACUGCGGCCGUCCGCUGGGCAACAAAGUGGGAUGGUACUGCGACAAAUGCAAGUCCAUGCAGUCGGCCAAGUGCUGCGUAUGCGGUCUGAUUGUGCGCGGUGUGUACGCCUGGUGCCAGGGCUGCUCACACGGCGGCCACAUCGAGCAUCUCCAAAAGUACUUUGCCAAACACUCAAAGUGCCCCAAGUGCGGCCAUUUGUGCGCGUAUUCAUGAGACGCGGAAGAAGCUGAGUAGUGUGUCUCAGCUUCUGCAUUCGAAUCUGUACUGAUGCG